GUCAUUUUAUAGUUGAGUCUAUUUCUAACACCAAAAUGUAAUGAAUAUACUAACAGACUACAAAGAUUUUAAAAUAAAAUAAACAACAAAAUGGCGCUGAGUAUUCUAACUCCAUCGAAUACUAAUGAAUCAGAAUCUCCAGAGGAUUUGUUGAUGAAUGAAGCAAUAGGAGAUGAGUAUGAGAAUCUGUUCCGACCUUCACUGGCUGAUCGUCUGCAGAUUGGGUUCAUGCGAGCAGACAACGCCACUCAAACAGUUGAAACAGAAAUCCUAGAAUUGAAAACUCUAACAAAAACAGUUCAAGAACUUGUAUCAGAAAUGGAAACAUUAAAACGAGAUUCACAUUUUCACAAACAAUUCAUAAAAGCGAAAUACAUUAAAGAUCUUGAGGACACUGCACAAAGCUUACAUUUUAAAUUGCAAGAGAAAAUUGUAGAAAUGGAAAGAAUCCAUGAGGAAAGAGUGAGUGUAGUUCGGCGCAGUUUUAAACAACAAUUACAAGAUGCUCUCGUUAAAAUGUCAAUCAAAUACAAGAAAUAUUAUGAUGAAAAACUCGGGGGCAAACUUGUCCCUACAACGCCAUCCGGUACUGGUAGAAACAAGGUUUUAGCCCUGGAAGCUGAAUUACAAAGAAACCAAUCAAUUAUUCAAAUGAUGGAGGUGCAAAUGGAAGAAUUGAGGAACGAACUUGCCUCAAAGCCAGAAGUUACUGAAAUUGUAAUGGAUACUGCUGAAUUAGAUGCUGCACUGGCACAGAAUGAAGCUUUACAGUCGGAAAUAUCUCAAUUAACAAGUCGAGUUGAUGAACUUCAAGAUUCGGUCGAACUCAGAGAGGACAAAAUAAAAAAUCUGAAAAUGAACGUUGAAGAUCAAAGGGCUGAAACAGAAAAGGAAAAAGAAACUUCUCGCAAACUUGCUAAGAAAUUAGAAGAUCUCAAGAAAGAACUCGAGAAGAAUCAAAACGAAUGGAAAAAAGACGUCGAUAAAAUGAAAAACUCGAUGCAAGAAAAUAUGGCCGAUGAAAUGAAGAAACUGAUGGAUGCUCAAAAAGCAAUGCUCGCGGACCAAGAAAAAAUAGAAAAACAAGCUGAAAUGGAGAAGCAAAGACUUCUGGAAGAAGAAAGAAAGAAAUAUGAAAGGAUGUUGGCGAAGGAAAGAGAAGCCGUUGAGAAACAUAAACGUGAAGUUCAAGAAACCAAAUCAGUCGAGCUGAUUCUUCAACAACAACAAAGUGAAGUCUCUGUUCUAAAAUCUCGGUUACAGCGGACUCAAAAACAAUGGGAGAAAAAGUUCUCAGUUUUGCGAUCGAGUCUCCAUGCUUUGAAAGAUGAAAGCUACAUUCGUCAGCAACUACAGAAACAAUCCGCUUCUUUAAAAUAUGCUUCGAUAAGUUACGGAACUGACAAUAUGGUCGCGCCUCACCAGUCAGCUGUCCCGCCCCCUGCUGCAGGGCCAUUGAACCCUAAUAAACCUCUGCCUGCAAUACGAGGUGGCUCAGGCAAGAGGCCUCCACUUCCAACAAAUACCUUACCAAGCGGACCAGGAACAGAAAUCUUCACUACAGGAGCAGUAGACUCAGGAGAUGAGCAAGAAAUAGCUGAAUACACUGACGGUUUCGUUCCGUUACCAAGCCCUCCCCAUUGGCAGAGACAUCAGUUUGGAGAAUACAUGCCCAGUAUACAACAACCUGUGAACUUCUCAUAACUUUUUUUUUUAAUUUUACAAUUUUUUUCCAUUUUCCCACCUUGACUAGUAGUUAUCUAAGUUUAAAAAUCCAUGGUCCCUUUUCAAAGUCUUCCCAACAAAACUAAUUUUGUUUAACAGGUUUUCUUCAUUUAUUUUAGUGAAGUAAAAUAUAAAGUGCAUUACGAUCAAAGAAUGAAAAUUUUGACAGUUGAUUACUUUUUAUCAAUUUGGUCCUCACAAAUAUAAGUUAAGGGCUUUGCUUGUGCCCCCAACAAAAUGUUCUGUUGCCUUCUUAAGGGCCGCGAGCCCGGUUUGAGAGAUCAUUAAACAAAAUAGAGUAGAAACUGGAAUAACUGAUAAUAACUCUCUAACAGUACAGCCCAGUACAGUUUUGCCCCAGUACCUGUACUUAUACAAUAUAGGAAUUAUAUAUAUUUGAAAAUAGCAGUUUUUAUGCUUCGACAUUGGCAAUAAUUUGGAGAGGCAAAAUUUUGUUCUCCACCAAAAAAACAAAUUGUAUUAGGGUGUCACAUUUUUAUACUAUGACAUCACAUUUAAUUUGUUCAUUUUGUUCUUAGUACUGGAUACACCCUCAUUUAGAUCCCAAAUUCUCCAUUUACGACCACUUAAUUUAUCCAGAAUCGAUUCAGGGCAAUACAUGACAUGGGCUGGGUUCACUCACUCAUGUAUAAUAUUUCAUGAGAUUAAGACCAACGAAGAAUGAAUACCUUUAUUUGUUUGUUCGUCUAGUUAUGAUAAAAAAUAUAUUGACAAUUACUAGUAUUAGAAACGGGAUGCAUACACAAGAACGCAUUGUUUCUAAAUAUAGCAGGCUUAGUCCGAUGCAAGAACUAGAUUCGUAUUUUAUAUCAAUUCCACUUCUCUCUCAAACGGAAUGGUCAUUGCUGACGCAAAUUGACGCCAUUGGUCCCAGUUCUGCUACAUCUUGAGGUCCGCUAUGUUCUUUACAUUGUCUGACAUCCUUGUUUUGGGUGGUUCAUGUGCCAGGCGUGGUGCUAAAGAGCAGAUCUUUUGUCAGACCGAUCGUUCUUGCAAUGUGUCCCAAUGUGCAUUCUACUUCAAAUGCUAUAAUUUUGACUCUCUACUUCAACUGGUGUCGCCAAAGUGCUAGUUAGAACUAUUCUACUCAUUAUUGUAACACGUGAACUAUUCCACAUAGAUUAAUUUUACAAAAGUCUUCCUCACUUAGUGCGAAUAUGUAUUUUACUGUGAUAUUGCUUCUUCAAUCGGUUCCUACUAAUUUUACCUUAUUCCCUGUGAAAUUACAUUUUCAAUAGCUAUAAUUUUUAUACAUUUUGAGAAUGAAAUAUAUUUUUUAUUUAGUCUUCCGAAAUUCAAUUCUAUAUUUCUAACAAAUUCAGAUAUAUGUACUUUCAUACGAGUAACUUUAUGAAAAAUAAAAUUCAUGACCAAACGCAA